AUGCUGCUGUCCAUGCACCAAGUGACCUACCGGACAUCCGGAGACAGGAUGGACCCGCGUGUGUCGCUACCCGUGGGGCUGCUAGUCCUUGUCCUUAUGGGCACCUGCGUGACUGGUCAAUCCGUCCGUCUGGUAGACGGAAGCGGCGCACAUGAGGGGAGAGUUGAGGUGGUCUAUAGCGGCCGAUGGGGAACAAUCUGCGAUGACGGAUGGGACAUUAACGACGCACGAGUUGUCUGCCGUCAGCUGGGCUUCCCGGGGGCAGAUGAAGCAAAAAGUAGCGCCUUCUUCGGCCAAGGCUCGAGACAAAUAUGGAUGGAUGAUGUCAACUGUGCCGGAAGUGAGACCGGCAUAUCCCAGUGCAGCCACAUAGGAUGGGGCAGUCAUAACUGUGGGCACCACGAGGAUGCUGGGGUUAUCUGUGAAAGACCCGUCCGUCUGGUAGACGGAAGCGGCGCACAUGAGGGAAGAGUUGAGGUGUACUAUAGCGGCCGAUGGGGAACAAUCUGCGAUGACGGAUGGGACAUUAACGACGCACGAGUUGUCUGCCGUCAGCUGGGCUUCCCGGCGGCAGUUGAAGCAAAAAGUAGCGCCUUCUUCGGCCAAGGCUCGGGACAAAUAUGGAUGGAUGAUGUCAACUGUGCCGGAAGUGAGACCGUCAUAUCCCAGUGCAGGCAAAGAGGAUGGGGCAGUCAUAACUGUGGGCACCAGGAGGAUGCUGGGGUUGUCUGUACAGAUAUCAAUGAGUGUAGUACUGGCAGGCACAACUGUCACUCUCGAGCAACCUGUACCAACACUGCCGGCAGUUUCAGAUGUGCCUGUAACGCCGGUUACAGCGGGAACGGAGUCACCUGUACAGAUGCCGAUGAAUGUGCUGAUAUCACAGAUGACUGUAGCGCUCACGCCACCUGUACCAACACUGACGGCAGUUUCACCUGUGCCUGUAACUCCGGAUACAGCGGGGACGGAGUCACCUGUACAGAUGUGGAUGAAUGUACAAAUGGCACCGCAAACUGCAGCGCUCACGCCACCUGUACCAACUACCCUGGUGGGUUCAACUGUACCUGUAACGCCGGUUACAGCGGAGACGGAGUCACCUGUGCCGAUGUGGAUGAAUGUGCGGACGGCACGCACAACUGUCAUACUGACGCCACCUGUACCAACACUGUCGGCAGUUUCACCUGUACCUGUAACGCCGGGUACACCGGGGACGGAGUCACCUGUACAGCUGUGUCUGACUUGACAUUCUCCGAUAUCGAGAUGGACCGAAUGACCCUGUCCUGGAGGGCAUCUGAUGACGUAAGAGGGUACCGACUCCGUUACCGCCAUGCCGGGGCUUCGUACCAGGACCUGUCUCCCCCGCCUGCACCGGGCGACACCCAGGCCACCGUACGCGGACUGUGGGCGGAUACAGAGUACAACUUCACACUGACUGCGUUUGGAGAGGACGACGAGGAUAUAGGAGAGAUCAGCGGAACAGAGACAACAGCUGAAGUUAUCGUGAACGUGGAGUGCCAUGAGGACCACAUGAGCGUGACCUUCCCUAGAAAAGCGCUGACAGAGGUAGAUGUGGAUACCAUGCACCUGUUGAACGACACCUGCCGUGCGACAUACACCGAGACGGAGGUGACUCUUCGGACCGGUCUGCAGGAGUGCGGGACGAUCCAGGAGUCGUCAGAAGACAAACUCAUCUUCAGUAACGAGGCCUUCGGCAGUCCAGUCGUGCAUGAUAACGGCGCUGUGAGAGGAGCGACUUUCAGCAAGAGUUUCCAGUGUGAGUUCGUGAGUCAGUUCGUGAUCUCACAGGAACAGAACAUCCUCUUCAACAUUCCGUCUCCUCGCGUGCAAGUUGUGACCGCGGAAAACCAGUUCACCUUCGAGAUGCACAUGUUUCCAUCUGCGAACUUCGCUGAGACCUACAAGUCAGCCGACUACCCUGUGCAGGUGACCCCGUCUGACCAGCUACACUUCGGACUGAGCGUGAACUCUCCUCUGGACAACCUGGAGCUGUUCGCCCUCCACUGCCUCGCCACGCCAAGUGACGAUCCCGAAGCCUCUCCAAGCGUCAACAUCAUUCAAGACGGGUGCGACAUCGACACAACACUUCAACUGAACAAUGUACUGUCUAACGACAUGGCCUUGUACUACUCCAUCCAAUCAUUCACUUUCCCCAACGUUGAAGAUCCAAGCCUGGUGUACAUCCACUGCACCAUGGUGGUCUGCUUCAAGGACGACCCGGACUCGCGGUGCAGUGAGGGCUGCAUCCCCGCUACGCGACGCAGGCGCGCUGUGUCUGACAUGAGCGAGGCCCGAGUGCGACGUGCGAGCGAAACGGACGAGACAGUCACCAUCAGCCAGGGACCCUUCCAAGUUGUGAGAGGAGAA